CGCAGGAUCUCAGGAGACAUAAUCAUGGUCAAACUUAUAUUGACUACAACAGUUAUUAAGAUCUGAGACCGCGACGCCUGAAACCAGUUAAUGUCAUGACUUGUAACCCAAAGACAACAGACGUUAAAUUCUUUACUAGACAUACCCGCUUGAUCAUCACUCAAGAAGACCGACGUCCGGGUGUUGAACAUACUUCCUUUUUAUCUAAAGGGCCGUGCUCUUACCUGGCACACGGAGUUACCAAAUAAAUUGCAGGAACUCAAGGCACAAGACAUAGAUGUCUAGUACAACAAGCUAGAGAGAGAGAGAGAGAGUUCAAACGCCAACCUGUCAAGGCACGACGAGAAGCGCAUCAGUUGAAAUUCAGAUUCAGGAAAGCCAGAGGAGGCGGCAUAUAUUGCAACGGGAGUAAACAAGCAGUCACUACCACCAGCUGAAGAAAGAUACUAAUGAAGCCACCAAGACUCUUUAUCAUCCUCGCUAUUCUCCUCCAUAUCCUUCCUUCAUUAUCCUCCUUCACAUCCCCCUCCUCGCUGAGGACAAGAACACCUUCUAUAUCAUCAUGCCUAGCAAGCUUGCUCUCGGCCGUGCCGGCAGUAUUGAAUAAUACUCUCCGAAGUCAAUCUAAUCCUACUUCACCUUAUCUCUCAUUUCACCUCACCUCUUACCUCACUUCACCCCUCACUUUGUAUCUCACUUCACCUCAGCUCUCCUCAUUCCCUCCACCCAAUUUUGUUUAUCUACCCUUUUCUCCUCAUAACUUUUACUUCUCUUCUUCAUCUACUCCAUAUUACCUAUUACCAUUCUUUCUUCCUCUUCAAUCGCAUCCUUCUUCUUAAACUAUCCUAUACGCCAGCCACACCGAAAAGCCCCUACAGCUCCCCAAUAAUGACUGGCCAACCCUCCAAUACGUUAUCGAGCACGUCAUCGAGGUUAUCACCCUCGAAUUGCCAGUUCAACACUUCAAUAAUGGCGGUGCGGAACGACCGCUUUACACCGGUCCACAGAACAUAUCCCGCAUCGCCAGGCAUCAAAUACAACUUCUCAUAGUUAACUCCCGGAAGUUCACGGCGGCGCGCCAAAAACACUUCAUGAUCAAUAACGCGACGCUGGCAAAAUAUUAGUAUAUCAGCACCAAAUCGAGC